CAAAGAAUAUCCAUGACCAGCGUCUUGGGAGCAACUGCAUAGCUAAUGCGACAGUCCAGGGUUCUCAUUGUUCUGCGCUAAGUAGCAGGUAAUGUUGCCUGCCACGCGACAUCACCAGGAGUCCUGCGACUAUGUUGGCGGCACCAUGGGUGUGCCGAAGCUGUGCGCGGUCCCUGAGACACGCCAGCAUUUUUCAGUUUGUUCGGAGAGCUAGCACAGAAACUCCAGUCAGACUCCCACCUGCUCUGCUCGAGCGGGCCCGAAGGCUCACCGCCGAGCACGAUCAAUUGACCUCAACCUUGGAGAAGGACUUCGACGCGAAGAAGGCGAAACGCGCCGGCGAGAUCUCGCGCAUCGCCGACGCCCUUAGACAGUUCGAAAAGGCAAAGGCCGCUCUCAGCGAGCUCCAUGGCUUGCUCGAGUCUGAUGAUGCCGAGAUGCGGGAAUUGGCGAGGGAUGACCUCGAGGCCACAAAUGCUCAGCUCGUCGAGUCGAGCCAUAACCUUUCGGCGGCCCUGACGCCCAAGCACCCGUUCGCCGACAUGCCCUGCCUGCUCGAGAUCCGGCCUGGCCCUGGAGGCACAGAGGGACGCUUCUUCGCCGACACCCUCUUCCACAUGUACAAAGCAUACUGCUCGAACAAGGGCUACCGCACCCGCGUCGUACAGUACGAGGCUUCGGACAGUGACGGUCAGACAGGGUCCGAGGGGGAGAUUGCUCUGCAGGAAGCCGUGCUGGAAGUCCAGGAACCGGGGGCAUACGCCAUCUUCCGCGGCGAGGCAGGCAUGCACCGGGUGCAACGGGUCCCCGCUACCGAAGCAAAAGGCCGCACUCACACGAGUGCUGUCGCGGUGUGGGUGCUUCCGUCGUUCCCGGAAAACGGCACAUCAGAAUCCGAAGCCGACUGGGAGAAUCCGGAAAGCGACUUCUACAUCGACCCGACCGAGGUGCGCAGUGAGACGAUGCGGGCACGCGGUGCUGGCGGGCAGCAUGUCAACAAGACCGAGUCGGCCAUCCGGCUGACCCACAUCCCCACCGGUACGACGGUUAGCAUGCAGGACUCGCGGUCCCAGCAGCGCAACCGUGAGUAUGCGUGGCGGCUGUUGCGUUCAAGAAUUGCCCAGCAACGGCGCGAGGCGAGGGAGGAGAUGGCCCGUCAGAUGCGCAGCAGUGUGCUGGCUAAUUCGCAGAUUACGCGGGGAGACAAAAUCAGGACCUAUCAGUACCAGCAGGACCGGUGUACUGACCACCGGAGCGGGUUGGAUGCUCACAACUUGCCGGAUGUGCUCAGGGGAGGGGAAACCUUGGGCAAGAUCAUGGACAGCGUGCAGACGUGGCUGAUCAACAAAGACAUUGAGGCACUCAUUUCCGAAGAGGAGGCUUCUGCUGCCGUUGCUUCUCGGGAAAAGGGCAAGUGAGUUCUCUCCUCUUGUGUAUUAUGAGCCUUGUACAUGUAUCAGAGACAGGUAGAUGGCAUAGAUCGAAUACCCAGCUAGAUCGCGAGGACUCUCCGGACGCACCACUACUCCACACGUCAACAUUAGCUCCGG